AUGUCGUACCGCGAACCAGUCCACACCACUGCCGCCUGUGCGCCUCUCCCUCAGUUCUCGCAAGCCGUCAAAUACAAUGGCACGGUUUACUGCAGUGGCGCCAUUGGCAUCGACCCUGCAACAGAUAAUCUCAUUCCUGGUACCGUUACGGACCGCGCACGCGUUGCACUCCAAAACCUCAAAGAUGUUCUCGAGGCGGCUGGUAGUAGUCUAGACCGAGUUGUGAAAGCCAACGUCUUCCUUGCCGAUAUGAAGGAUUUUGUGGCUUUCAAUGUCGCAUGGGAUGAAUUCUUCCCUAUUGACCCCAAGCCUGUAGAUUUUACAACAUGCCUCUUGAGUCAGGUAAAUAACUAA